AAAAAAAUCUCUGAAAUGGCCGGAGUUUGCUGUGGAGUAGUUGCCGAGAGUGAAUCGGCCGCCGCGGUCGAUCAAACCUCGAAAUCUUCUCGUCGCCGGAGAAUGGACAUUCUUCCAUUUAAAUUAAUCUCCGACGCCGCCGCUUCAAUGCAAUCGGAGAACAGUAGAAAACGUCAGAAGCUGGAUCUCGAUCUCGUACUCCCGGUUUCUCCUCCUCGUGACAGUCGUUACGCGAUUGAAAACUCGGAUGCUAACGAGCUUAACGGAGAUCAUGAAAUUAAUGGAAGCUUAAAUUGUAAUGGAAUAGUAGGUUUAGAGAACGGAACGGAGCUGACGAAGUUCGGUUUGACUUCUGUUUGUGGAAGGCGGCGGGAUAUGGAAGACGCCGCUUCGAUUCAUCCGUCGUUGUGUAAACUCAGCUGUGAAGCUGAAAUCUCGUCGGAUAUUCACUUUUUCGGCGUGUUCGACGGCCAUGGCUGCUCUCAUGUUGCGAUGAAGUGUAGAGAUCGGUUUCAUGAGAUUGUUAAAGAAGAAAUCGAAGCUUGCGGCGGAGGAAAGACGGUGGACUGGAAGCUAACGAUGGAGCGAAGCUUUGACAAGAUGGAUAAGGAAGUUCAAGAAUCGAUGGUUGUAGCCGAAGAGAAUUCGAACUGCCGAUGCGAACUCCAAACUCCUCAGUGCGACGCCGUUGGAUCCACUGCCGUCGUAGCUCUUGUCACGCCGGAUUACAUAAUCAUUGCCAACUGCGGUGAUUCCCGCGCCGUCUUGUGCCGAAACGGCACCGCUCAACCCCUCUCCGACGAUCACAAGCCGGAUCGACCCGACGAGCUGCUCCGAAUCGAAGAAGCCGGUGGCCGAGUUAUUUACUGGGAUGGCCCUCGAGUUCUUGGUGUAUUAGCCAUGUCUAGAGCAAUUGGCGAUAAUUACUUAAAGCCGUUCGUCAUACCGGAACCGGAGGUGACAAUAACGGAGAGAACUAGCGAAGAUGAAUGUUUAAUAUUGGGAAGCGACGGCUUGUGGGACGUGGUGACAAACGAAACAGCUUGUGGGGUGGCGCGUAUGUGUUUACGCGUUCAAAAGCCAGCGUCGCCACCGAUGUUACCGUAUAGUGAUACGGCGGUUCGCGGUAGCGGCUUAGCCGAGAGUUCCGACAAGGCGUGUUGGGAUGCCUCCAUUUUGUUAACCAAGUUGGCCCUGGCUAGACAUAGCACAGAUAAUGUCAGCGUUGUCGUUGUUGAUUUGAAGAAAAAUCAAUAACUAUAAAUAAAAAUUUUAAUAAAUAAAUAAUUAG